CUGGAAGUUAUCCUGCGCAUGCGUGUUAAGCAUGUGUGUGUGUUCUGAGCAAAGAGUCCGGUUAAACUGUUUUUACCCGUAAUUCCGUCAUGCAGUCCAUCAGAUACAACUGGAAUGAAUCCCCAGAGCCCGUAUGUAUGGAUAGCCUUGUUCAAGUGGACUUUGUGCAGAGUUUCUGGACGCUUCACCUCGGAUUCAUCUCUGUUCGCUCAAAAUGCUAAAUGAAGUUAGCAUAGCGUGCUAGCUGUAAAUAGACGGAGACGGAACUCGGCCACCCAGCGCUAGUCUGAGCGACCAAACGGUGUUUUUCAUGGACCCGCAGUGUCCAGAUAAACAUGUUUGAAGGGACUCUGUGCUGUUCCCUUUAUUUGAAAACGUCUCCUGGUGUCAUACUAGCUAAGCUAAUGAAGUUAGCUCGUUAGCUGGAAGUAGACGGACCCGAACGUAACCUAGCAACACAGCGCAUGUGUCAGAGGGAGAAAAAGUUGCUGUGAUUUACUAAAAAUGUCUCAAGUUGAAAUGCUGAGAGCGUUUGUGAAGCAGCGACUAACUGCGGCUGCUGAAGAGAUAUUCGAGCAGUUUGAAAGAACGAUAGCAGAGUACGAGGAGGAACUUAAGUCCAGUUCGAAAGAGAUUGACCGACAACAGAAACUACUGGACGCUGUUCGCAACCCUGAAGUCGGGUUACACAGAGCAGACGUCCCGCAGCUGUUGGUGGUUAAAGAUUCGUGUCCCCCUGAGCAGCAGGAGUGGAGCUCCAGACCGGACCAGGAGGGGCCAGAGCCCCCCCCGCACAUUAAAGAGGAACAGGAGGAACUCUGGACCAGUCAGGAGGGAGAGCAGCUCCGCGGGCCGGAGGAGGCUGAUGCCAAGUUCCCGUUCGCUUCUGUCACGGUGAAGAGCGAAGAAGAUUCUCAGCGCUCGCAGCUUCACGAAAACGAAACUGAGGCUACCAGAGAGGCAGAGCAUUCGAAAACCGAAGCUGACGGAGAGGACUGCGGAGGACCGGAACCAGCCGGGAACUCCGAUCCAGAGAGACAUCCAGAACCAGAUGCUCAUGACGACAGUCCACGCUCCUCUGAACCUGAGAAUGAUGACAGUAGAGAUUGGGAGGAAACUGGGGCACCUCAGUCAGGUUCAAACCCUCUGCAAAACAUCAAAGUCCUCGCGAUUGACGUGACUAAAGGAAAAACCAAAUUUAGUUGCUCCAUUUGUCGUAAAAGAUUUACCUGGAAGAACUCCUUAGUGGCUCACAUGAAACGUCAUUCAGAAGGGAAGUGUUUCAGCUGCUCAGUUUGCAAAACAAUGUUCAGUAACAACAACCUUCUGCUGAAACACAUGACCGUCCAUACUGGGGAAAAACCAUUCGGUUGUCCAGUAUGCCGUAAAAGAUUCGCUGACCGCAGCAAUCUGAAAAGACACCUGAUUCUCCACACCGGAGAGCGGCCGUUUCAGUGUCCAGUUUGCAGUAAACGAUUUGCGCAAAAGGCCCACCUGGAACAACACGCGGCUCUCCACACGCGGGAGAAACACUUCACUUGUUCAGUUUGCAGUAAAAGAUUCUCGAACCACAGCAACCUGAGACGCCACUUGGCGCUCCACACCGGGGAGAAACCGUUCAGCUGUCCAGUGUGCGGCAAAACCUUCGCACAACGGGGACACCUGAAACAGCACUUGCCUGUCCACACGAGGGAGAAACCGUUCAGUUGUUCGGUUUGCAGCAAAACGUUCACGCAGAAGCAUCACGUGACGCAGCACUUGGCCGUCCACACGGGGGACAAACCGUUCAGUUGUCCAGUCUGCAGUAAAACAUUCACAAAAAAGCAAUAUCUCGAAAAGCACAAGUGUGUUGGGGAGAGCAGCAGGAAGAAGUGAAGCUGCAGAGACGCUUGUUGAGACAUUCCCCCUCCUCCCCCCCCCGACGAUUUUUACAGUGGCUUAGCUCCGCCCAUAGCGAUUGUGAUUGGUUUAAAGAAAUGCCAAUGAAAACAGAGCACGUUUUUCUCCCAAUCCCUUAAUGCUGUGUGGACCUGAGGUGAAAAAAGUACUAAACUAUUUUACUCAAGUAAAAGUACCAAUACUUUGAUGACAAAUUACUCAAGUAAAAGUAACAAGUAGUUCAUUUAAAAUGUACUUUAAGUAAAAGUUACUUAGUUUCAUUUAAAAAACAACAACUGCAAAACGGGAACGACAAGGGGUCAUGAAUCCCAAACUAUUUAGUUUUUAAUUAAAGAUCUAUACAAAUGUAUACACAUGUAGCAGCUAGGUUCUACACACCUAAGUAGCCUGUAUGAUCUAUUUAGAUGUAUGUGAAUUAAUUUACGCUACAUACGCUGUCCUACAGGUUGCUAGUGCUAGACAAAAAUUAGCAAUGCCCCGAAGCAUGUUGCUUUGCUAAUUGGAAAUUUGCUAUUAGUCAAUACCAAUGCACAAAUACUUUCCAAAACAUGCUUCCGCAGAUUAGAUGUGGAGUUAUUGAAUGCUGCCCAGUUCAGUCACCUUCGGCAAGGCACAUCUGGCAUCACACUGUGAUACUAUUGGCCCUCUUGAAUUCAAAUGAAUGAAUUCAAAUGUGGCCAAGGAUUUUUAUCGUUUUGGGCCGCAGAAUUCGACGUUUCAGCUAGCAUUUCUACUGACACGGCCUCUGAACCGUCGUCGCUCGCCUGAUCCACCUCCAUCUCGUUCUCAGUCUCUUACAGAAAGACUUGGCGCCUGGUAGGCAGCCUAGAUGCUGAUCAUUCGUCACUGUCGUGGUUCCGGGCGCGAUUUUUGUUUUCUUCGUUUCGGUCAAAUUUUUAUUUUUUAUUUUUUACUCCGUAACGGAUGGGAUUUGUAAUGAAGCGAAAUGCAAUACGUAUUCAAGUACGUUUUAAAUUACCGAUUUAAAAAACUACUUCAAUACAAAAUACACAACAAAACUACUCACUACAGUAAAGUGAGUAAAUGUAUUUUGUUUCUUUCCACCUCUGGUCUGGACUAGCCAGACCCUCCUCCGCUCCCCAGCGUGUGGGAUGGUCUGGCGAGGCGAGACUGGGGCAACACCAGUUCAACACUGAUCAACUACAAAUGGUCAGACUUGAGGCAGAUGCAGACUCCAAAAUAAGACGUCGGAAGAGAAAAGCUACACAACCAUUUAAGCUCUGCUUUUAUUUGACUACGUGUUAUUUUUUUUCGUUUUCUGGGCACUGUUGUUUUUGGUAUUCCAUCUAACUUGUAAAGUCAUGUUGUUGUUUUUAAUCUGCUGCCCAUCAGGACUCCCUGGCAGAAGAGAUGCUGUGUCUCAAGUAGGGUUGCCAAAUUCCGGGAAUUUUCAAAGUUGGAAACUUUCCAUGGGAAUUAAUAGGAAUAAACUGAAUAUUUUAUUAUAAUACUGUUAGUCUAUAAAAGGGAACUUAAAUGUAGUUCGAAAAAAACCACCUUACAGCAUAAUCUUGGUUAAAACAACCUGAUUUAAUGCAACUUCAGUUGAAUGUCCUCCCUAUAUUCGUCAAUGACAUGCAGUAAACAGCAUAGGCUACUACAUACUGGCCAACAUUUAGUUUUUAAAAUACGGGAGGUUUUUUUUAGGGGGGGGGAUACAUAACCCAUUGCUAUUAACCUAUGUGUGUUAAUUGUAUAGCCCACUUGUUCUUGAUAGGGUAGAAACAAUAGACAACACUGAUGUUGCCUUAACACGCAUAUAACCAUAACCAUAGUAAAUCAUAUGUUAAGCUAAAGGUCAACGUUUUGGGCUACUACUUAGCCUACUCCAGGGCUAUUGAGGCCACACCCACUGCACAGAUCAUUUCUAGAAUCCAACAUUCUACAGCUGAUUGAAGCUGAUUGAAGACAGUACUGCAUUUUAGCCCAUGGACUACAUUCCAUCCAAAUUCCCAUAAUUUCCAUUAAUUCCCAUGAAAGUUUCCAAAUUGGAAUGUUUCCAAAAUUCCCCAGCUAAACUUUCCAUGGAAAGCAAUAUUAAAAAUAUCCAGUUUAUUGUAG